AACUUUAUUUUUAAGCAAACAGAAACAAAUUAAAACAAUCAGAAUGCGUAAGAUGCAAAAUGGAUUUUAUGCCGCAGCAAGGGCAAUUUCACCCGAAAAUCUUCACAUUCCAACAACAAUGGACACAAGUGUUUUAAAAACAAAGAAAAACACAAGUCGAUUCUGGAUAUUGUCUAUGAUAAUCGAACGUCCCGAUGGAAAAGCCGACAUUGAAAAUCAAAAAAAUAAUGGAGGUGGUGGAGAACUUGAGUCGAUUCUACCAUCAGAACCACCAGUUGAAGAAGUGUGUCUGCUUCGUGACAGUCCGUAUAGAAUAUUGAGGGCAGCUGAAGCAGGAAAUUUAGAAGAUUUUACCAGAUUAUUUCAAAGCGACAACACAAGACUAUCAAUACGAGAUGGCAAAGGACGAACGGCAGCACAUCAAGCAGCUGCAAGGAACCGAGUUAAUAUAUUAGAGUUUAUAAAACGCCAACAAGGAGAUUUCGAUGCUCAGGAUGGUGCUGGUAAUACGCCACUUCAUGCUGCUGUAGAAAAUGAUUCCUUUGAUGCGUUGGAUUACCUUUUAUCAAUUCCUGUCAACACGGGUUUGCUCAAUGAGAAAAAGCAAGCUCCAGUGCACCUUGCCACCGAGUUGAAUAAGGUUAAGGCUUUGAAAGCAAUGGGCAAACAUCGCAAUGUGAUUGACAUACAACAAGGUGGCGAACAUGGUAGAACAGCAUUGCAUUUGGCAGCUAUUUAUGAUCAUGAGGAAUGUGCAAGGAUUUUGAUAACUGAGUUCGAUGCAUGCCCUCGUAAACCCUGCAAUAAUGGUUACUAUCCCAUUCAUGAAGCCGCAAAAAAUGCUAGCUCCAAAACAAUGGAAGUAUUUUUUCAGUGGGGAGAAUCACGAGGAUGUACAAGAGAAGAAAUGUUAUCCUUUUACGAUUCGGAAGGUAAUGUUCCAUUACAUUCAGCUGUACAUGGAGGUGAUAUAAAGGCUGUGGAAUUGUGCCUAAAGUCAGGAGCUAAAAUAUCAACACAACAACACGACUUAUCAACACCAGUUCAUCUGGCUUGUGCACAGGGUGCUAUUGACAUUGUCAAACUUAUGUUCCAUAUGCAACCGUUCGAGAAAAAAGUCUGUCUAAUCUGUACGGAUGUUCAAAAUAUGACCCCACUUCAUUGUGCAGCAAUGUUUGAUCAUCCAGAAAUUGUUGAAUAUUUAGUUUCUGAAGGAGCUGACAUUGAUGCAUUAGACAAAGAACAUCGAUCACCAUUGUUAUUGGCUGCAUCACGUAGUGCCUGGAAAACCGUCCACACUCUUAUUCGUUUGAGAGCAAAUAUUUCCAAAAAAGAUUCCACUGCAAGAAACGUUUUACAUUUUGUUAUAAUGAAUGGAGGACGUUUGCCAGAAUUUGCCGAAGAAGUUAAUAAAAUUCAAUCACAUGGUCAAUUAAUACAAUUAUUAAAUGAAAAAGAUAGUAUGGGUUGUUCACCAUUGCAUUAUGCAAGUCGUGAUGGACAUAUUCGAUCAUUGGAAAAUUUAAUAAGACUUGGUGCAUGUAUUAAUUUGAAAAAUAAUAACAAUGAAAGUCCAUUGCAUUUUGCGGCACGUUAUGGAAGGUAUAAUACAGUGAGGCAGUUAUUAGACUCGGAGAAAGGUUCUUUUAUAAUCAACGAAAGUGAUGGAGAGGGUUUGACACCAUUGCAUAUAGCUUCACAACAAGGACAUACGAGAGUUGUGCAAUUGUUGUUAAAUAGAGGAGCUCUUCUGCAUCGGGAUCAUAAUGGAAGAAAUCCACUACAAUUGGCCGCCAUGUCAGGUUUCACGCAAACUAUCGAACUAUUGCAUUCGGUACAUUCACAUUUGCUAGAUCAAGUGGAUAAAGAUGGGAACACCGCUCUACACCUGGCCACAAUGGAAAAUAAACCCCAUGCGAUAAGUGUCCUUUUGUCUAUGGGUAGCAAACUCAUUUACAACUACAUGGAUAUGAGUGCCAUUGACUAUGCUAUUUACUAUAAAUAUCCUGAGGCUGCUUUAGCAAUGGUAACACACGAGGAACGAGCCAGCGAAGUGAUGCGACUCAGAUCAGAUAAACAUCCUUGUGUGACGUUGGCCUUAAUAGCAUCGAUGCCAAAAGUAUUCGAGGCUGUUCAGGAUAAAUGCAUAACGAAAGCAAAUUGCAAAAAAGAUUCAAAGAGUUUUUAUAUCAAAUAUUCGUUUGCAUAUCUACAAUGUCCAUUUAUGUUUUCACAAGUGGAUGAAAAAACAGGCGAACCAACUGAUGUGUUAGAUAAUCUAGUACCUUUGCCAGCCUUAAAUACAAUGGUCAAUCAUGGUCGCGUAGAAUUGCUAGCUCAUCCGCUUAGUCAAAAGUAUUUGCAAAUGAAAUGGAAUUCCUAUGGCAAGUAUUUCCAUGUAGCUAAUUUGCUCUUUUACUCGAUAUUUCUACUUUUUGUAACAAUUUAUUCGUCAAUGAUGAUGAACAACAUAACAUUAAGCAACGAAACAAUUGUAACGAAUCCAAAGUUGAUGACAGGAUUGGAAACAAAUUCAUCCUUUUGGUCGAGCAUUUAUGCAAGUCAUGAAGUUGAACGUAUUCAACGAACUACAGGAAUAGUAGUUUGUGCCAUUGCUAUUGUGGCAUACAUUACAUUGAAUUCGCUUAGGGAAAUAUUACAAAUGUAUCAACAAAGAUUACAUUAUAUCCUGGAAAUUGUUAAUCUCAUAUCAUGGGUAUUGUACAUAUCAACUUUGAUAAUGGUGGUGCCAGUAUUUAUUAAUCAUGGUCGAAUAACAAAUAUACACUAUUCAGCAGCAUCAAUUGCUGUGUUUUUGUCAUGGUUUCGAUUGUUGUUGUUUUUGCAACGUUUUGAUCAAGUGGGGAUAUACGUAGUUAUGUUUCUUGAAAUUCUACAGACUCUCAUCAAAGUGCUAAUGGUGUUUUCUAUCCUGAUUAUUGCAUUUGGAUUGGCUUUUUAUAUUCUUUUGUCAAAAAUAAUGGACCCUCAGCCGAAUCAUCUUUCAUUUUCAAAUAUUCCCAUGUCCUUGUUACGAACAUUCUCUAUGAUGUUGGGUGAAUUGGAUUUUGUUGGUACCUACGUUAACACAUUUUAUAAUGAUCAAUUGAAGGUUCCCAUCACAUCAUUCCUUAUCCUAAGUGUGUUUAUGGUCCUUAUGCCAGUUCUUCUAAUGAACCUCCUCAUCGGUUUGGCCGUUGGUGAUAUUGAAUCGGUUCGUCGCAAUGCACAAUUGAAACGUCUAGCUAUGCAAGUAGUCCUUCAUACCGAAUUAGAAAGAAAACUACCCCAAAUGUGGUUGCAAAAAAUUCUCAAAAUGGAACUUAUUGAAUAUCCAAAUGAUACAAAAUGUAAAUUGGGUUUCUUGGAUUUUGUUUUAAGGAAAUGGUUUUGUAAUCCUUUCAAUGAAGAUACAACAUUUGAUUCCCUUGCUUUUGACAACAGUGAAGAUAUCGUCAAUACCGAAUUGGAAAGGCAAAGACAUAAACUUCGUGACAUAAGUCGAGUCCUUGAGCAACAACACCAACUCCUUCGUUUGAUAGUCCAAAAAAUGGAAAUCAAGACCGAAGCUGAUGACGUUGAUGAAGGUGUUUAUCCAUCAAAUACAAGAGCUUUAACCUAUCAAUCUGCUCAUUCAAGAUGGACAUCUCCAAGGAUAAGAAAGAAGCUGAGAGCAGCAUUGAGUUUCAAUAAGAGUUCUUAAAAUGAUUUUUUUGAACUUAUCCUAACACAUAAUUUAUUAAAAAUAAUCUAGGAUCAACAUUCCUUUAUUUUCAACAAAUCAAAUUUGUUUGUGUUUUACUAAUUAAAUAGCUUUAAAAAAUAUACCAAUCUGUCAAUUUGAUGGCAAUUUUAGAACUCCUCUGUGCUGAGAUUUAUACAAAACAAAAACUAUAAAUAAAAACAAUAAAAUAUAA